AUGAAGGAAGCAAACUUCGGUACAAGGACCCUCGCCGUAAACCGGAAUCCCGAUGUCUUUGCUUCAUCCUUCAGGCUGUGCAAGAGCUUCGAAAUAUCCGGAGAUAGUGGGGACGACGGCGAUGGCGGCGGGGACGGUCCGGGGUCGGUUCUCUGGAGGUUCCGCGAGCGGUUCGUGGCUGCCGACCGGGACAAAACCGGGUUUAUCAACCGUGCGCAGUUUCGAGCGGUUCUUGCAAGCCUCCCGGGAACCCAAGAUCUCACGGAGGAUGAAGUGGAUCGGUUGAGCACGCUUUUGGACGACCAAGGAGACGGGCGAGUGAGCUACCGAUCCCUUCUUGAUCUGCUUGUGAGGCAUCUCGGAGACUGGCACAAGCGUAUUCCGAAGGUGGCCUCAGAGCUGUCGCUAGCGCUUCAAAAUACUCAGUACGGCCUCAAGGCCUGCGUGGAGAACUUAUCCAGAAGGUUGAACAUCGCCGAUCACAAGUCAACAGGGAGGCUGCCCCCCUCGACCUUUACAAGGUACGGGCUUGAACUCUCUUCUUCGGGAAAAAGGUGUCUCCGUAGCGUAGGCCUAUCUCUUGCCCCCGAGAGCCUCGGAGAGAUGGUUUCCGUACUGGACGCGUAUGGCGAUGGGCUCAUUCCCAUAACACCAGUUCUGGAGUUCCUACGAAGAGAGGCAGGAAUUUCACCGGAAGGGGGGGACAUGCAGCAACAGGCGGGCGGCGAAGUCGGGUUCGCGUUUCGUGAGGCUGUGCGGUCCCUCGCAAAGGCGGAGCAGCAGUACGCCAACAGCGAAGACGAGAGCGAUGGCGGCGGAACCGGCGGAUACGGCCACCCUGACAGGGACGCUGCAACGCCUAGAGGGGCAACAACCUUCAACAGAAUUGCGGAACCGGGCGCCUCCGCAAGAAGUUAUGAUGGAAAAACGGCAAAUCGGGCGUUGCUGGACACAGCAAGACUUAGACGAGAAAAAAGAGGCAGGACGAGCGGUGGGAUCAGAGAAGAGAGGGGAGCGUGGGCAAUCAUCCCCUGGAGCGUGUGCCUCCGAAGGGUCUUCGACAGGAGGCUUGAUGUUGACGGGGACGGGUUUCUGACGGAGGGGGACCUUGCGGCCUGUCUGCCCGAGAUAGGAGUCCAUGUGACAGGCCGAGAUGCGGCUAGAACGUUGCUGUCAGCCAUGGACUUCCGGCAACGAGGGCUGGGCCAGGCGACGUUCAAGGACUUUGUGGAAUUUGUGGGCACCAACGGCAGCAGCAGGCGACGAGGCGGCCGUUCACCUCCGCUCACAGCUCCAUAUUCCCCAGUCGACAAGAAUCGAACCAGCCUUGGCCCCGGCCAAACCAGUCUCUUGAGGCGCGUUCGCCUCGCACUUGGCCUGCCAGCCGCAGCAGCGUCUCACCAAGACCAUGAAGAUGGUAGCCAGGAGACCAUCACCAGCAAAGACCUACGCCUUGCGAUGGCGAGGCUGGAUCCGCAUGGGAGCGGGCGGUUACCCCUCUGGAAGAUCAAGGCGGCCCUGCAAGCCUUCGGCCUUCGCGUGAGAAACGUGCCGCAUGCCUCAUGGCUGGACCUUACGGGAAGCUUGGACCAAGACGCCUACGGGCAUUUGUUCUACUCCGACUUCGUCGACCUGCUGAUGCCGUCGGAACAGUCGCCAUAUCUAUCGUCCCCGGACCCCCCUUUGGACCGCCGAAGGAGCAACGCCCACCCAGGAAAGCAGUCGAUAAUUCCCGCGGAGACCCUCGCAGAGAGGGGUACUGGGAGUGGGAAUAGAGGCCGCAGCAUCUAUGGUGCCUUCGAAGGCGGCGAGAGUAGUGGUCGACCGGCCAGAAAAGGUGCUGGUGAAGACUGGCGAUCGAGAACCUAUCCCCCCUCGGCGGUAUCGUCCGUAGCACCCGCAUCAGGAAAGAGGCCGGCGAGACCCAGUCAGAACAGCCGGCCGAGCUCGAGAUCCACAGGUACAGUAGGCGGCGGGAAGGAAUCUAGUUAG